CUUAGGAAUUACAGCUUAUUUAGUUAACAGAUAAAUGUUCAAGUUUUCAGUUUACUUUCAGAGUUGCAGUCCUAACAAUCAAAUCCUAUCUUUUUUUGGCUAUUUCAACUAACCUCAAUCCCAAGCUAUAACCAAACAAACUGUGACUUCAAAUUGUAUUUGUGACUUUACCUUUGGCUGAGUUUUUGGUCUCAUUUGUUUCAAUUUUGUUCAUUUGUUUUACCCUUGGUUAACCAUUGAUACCGACUGAAAUCAUCUCAACAUCCAAAGAUCAAAGCGCAUCAAGAAUGAUCUCAACUUGCAAAUUAUCAACCAUUUGUUGGUUAAAUUUGAUCAACCUAACACUUUGCCUGUAUCUCAUUGCUUCCAUUAGUUUAGUUGGUUGUUCAUCUCUCCGUUGGUUACCAAAUUCAAAUGAUCUUACCUUUCAAUCAAACGGUGAUGAUCGAGUUUCACCUUCCAAUUACAACCUGGAAUCAAUCAGUAAGGAAUGGAUUCAAUGGAGAAAUAUGCUGAAUGAACUGGAAAAACAACGACAAUCAAAUUUGGAUUCAAUUCCAAAUGAAAAACGUGGAUUAGAUCUUGGCUUAAGACGAGGAUUAUCAGGCCAAAGAGCAGCCAAACAUCUUGUUGGAUUGGCUAAUGCUGAGUUUGCUGGUGGACCUGGAAGGAAACGUUAAAGUUAUCAAUAAUGCAAAGCUAAAGCACAAUAAAAAUUUCCAACAACAAAAACCUCCCAGAAAAGACAUUGAAAAUAGUGAAAAUGAUUUCUUCUUAAUCUUGAUAAUACAUUUUCCUCUCUGAUUCAAUCAUUUCGCAUUCUUUUCUUUUCACCCAAAAUUCCCUCCAAUUUAAUCUCAUUAAUUUAAUACAUUUACUAUUAAACCUUGAUUUAACCUCUUCUAAUCCCAUCAGCUACCAAAAAAAAAAUGAAUCAAUUCAAAAUAAUACUAAUAAUUAAUCUUAGAUUCAAGUUUGUUCAACAACAUUCAAUACCAGUUAUUUUAUCCGACAAGGAAUGCUUAAAAUCUUGAAUUGUUGGAUUCAAGAAAUAAACUAAACUCAACAAAAUUGAUCAACACAAUAAUUUAGGACAAUUAACAAAGACUGAAAUUGAAACAUCUUGUGAUCCUCUUGAUAAUAAUGGUGGAAGGUUCAGUUAACCAAUUGUCCAGCAAUUGCUAUUGAAUCUGCGAAAGAACCCAAAAAAUCAAUGUUAAUAAUGACUAUUUACACGUUAAUUUGAUCAAUUUUUAUUUCUAUAACAAAAUAAGCUAUUAAUAUAACAAAAAGAAAGGUGAAACAGUUACAUUGAAAUUGUUAAUUUGAGUUUUACCAGUUAAUUGAUAGAUGUUUCAUGUUUCACCAAAUUUAUUGAUUGUUAUUUUUUCCCUUCUCCAACCCAUUUUCAAUGUAAUUACAAUUAGCUUGAUGAUUAAACUAAAAAAAGUUGAUUCCUUUUUUUCAUACUUGAAACAAUCCCUUUUUACCCCAAUUACAAAUGAACUUGAAUGGAUAACAAAGCAAUUAAAUUAAUUUACUUUUCA